AUGCAGAUCUUUUUCCUCGCACUUGUGCUUGUUCUUCUAGCCACCAGCAGCUUUUCUCAUCCUGGCGAAUCCCUCGAGCCAGAUGUUCACCGGCGUCUACAUCAUCUUGAACAUCCUGCAAGACGAGGUGUUUUCGAAUGCACGAACGAGCUCGAGAAGCGUGGUUGGAUCAGCCACCAAGCCGACAGAAGGCAUGCCCGCUUGAAUGAGCUUCGAGAACAGGUUGGAUAUAGCCCUCUCGCUCGCCGCGAUCGCAGUCUUGAUGCAGAGAUUUUUGGCCGUCAGGCUGGCUGUGUUCUGGAUCCCGAAGUCACUGAGGGGCCUUAUUGGGUUGGGGGCGAACUUAUCCGUGAAGAUAUCCGUUCAGGACGAGGUGGUAAAGUGGAGCCUGGCAUUGUCCUCUACCUUGAUAUCAACGUUAUAGAUGUGUCGAACUGCCAACCCGUCCCAGAUGCAUUUGUGGAGUUAUGGGGCUGCAAUUCCACUGGCGUCUACACUGGUGUCGUGGCUCCUGGAAAUGGUGACGGCAAUCCCUCCGAGAUUUAUAACAAUGCCCUGCGGGGGAUCCAGCCAACCGCUAAGAACGGCACGGCCUCGUUUAUCUCUCUUGUCCCGGGUCACUACACCGGACGUGCCAAUCAUCUACACAUAAUUAUUCACCACGGAGCCACGCGACUCAAAAACGAUACUAUCAGCGGUGGCACCAUUUCUCACGUUGGCCAGUUGUACUUCGACCAAUCAGUCCUUAAAACUGUAGAGGACACAGCUCCGUACACGGCGAACAGGCAACGAUGGACACAAAAUGACAGAGAUGGUCUUUUCAGGCUGGGGUUUCGGGGAGGCGAUAACCCAAUAAUAGAGUCCCAGAUGGUUGGCAGGUCCAUUAAAGACGGACUCUGGGGAACCAUCGACGUUGGCGUCAAUCCUCUCGCCGUGCGGAACCCCAGAAAUGUAAGCCUCUUCCCCGCUGAUAGUGAGGUGCGCACCUCCGGCUCCAUGUGGGGUACACACCCUACGAGUAGCGCCGCACCACCUAGACCUUCCUCCGGAGGUGGUCCCGGCAAAACUCUCAGAGGGGGAGGACUAAUUGGUGGGGCGGUGCGAAGUAUGAGAUCGAUUUUCCAGCAUUUGCAGAACUGA